AUGAACCCCCACCGAGAUCCCACAGCCAACGUCCCGCCAGCACAACCUCCCCCCAAGGGCGACCUCGCACCGGCUGGCCAGGCCGACAGCCGCGCCCCCGUGUUCCACGCCGAAACGCACCCUCCCGGCACGGCGCCCAAGGAUUCCACCUUUCUGCCCCAGCCCGUUGGGGAGUUUCCCGUCCGGGAUUUCGACGCAAGCCACGACGUGCCCGUCGGCGGGGAGAAUUUCUUCCCGGGGGCCACGUCGGCGGAUGUCCACCGGGGUCUGGGGCACCCUGGCCAGGGCAUGACCAGCCGGGAGCUCCACGGGGGGCGGGAAAGGGACGUUGGCAUGUCGAUGGAGGACUCGAUUGGGUCGCGGAAGCUCGAUGUAGGUCGCGGUCGGGGCAAGGCGUCGGCCGAUUAUCCCACCGCAGAGGAGAGGGUGCCUGAUUCGGCCUGA